AACACAUAAAUACGAGUGUUUGCUUCAAGAUAGGUUGUAAAGCAUUCAUCGUCACAUUAGAGAGAGAUAAGAAAAAUGUUGUGUCCAAGGGAUUAUCUUAUUUGUAUCUCUUGUGUGGUCGUCCUCAUUGUCCAAUCAUGUCAUGGUUCUGAGAUUAUUGGUGGGAAAGAAGUGACGCCUCACUCGCUGCCCUUCAUGGCUCUGAUGGAGCAUCCAUACUGUGGAGGGACCCUGAUUCAUCCAAAAUGGGUCCUGACUGCUGCCCACUGUACAAACAUUAAAGAAGUGAUUCUGGGAGUGCACUCCAUCAAAGAAAAGGAAAAAGAUUCCAGGCAGGUCCGCAAAAUCAAGCCUUAUCCUCAUCCCUUCUAUGAUAAAACAUAUCAUGUUAAUGACCUCAUGCUGCUCAAGCUUAACAAACCGGUGAAGCAAACCAAGACGGUGAAAUUUCUCCCAUUGGGGGGCACUGUCAAAGAUCCAGCAUCUGGCUCCAGCUGUCUGGUUGCUGGAUGGGGGAAAAUAAAAAAUAACGCCAGGACUGUUUCAAAAGUCCUGCGGUCCGCCAAUGUGACCGUGAUCAAUAGAAAGAAGUGCAACUCUCCUGAUUUUUACGACCUGGAGCCUAUCAUCACCAACAGCAUGAUAUGUGCUGGUUCAGUCGUGAAAGAUGCAGCUGAUACCUGUCAGGGGGAUUCAGGAGGCCCACUAUUGUGCAAUGGAACCCUGGUUGGUGUCACUUCUUUUGGAAAGAUGUGUGGCGUAAGAAAAUUCCCGGGUGUCUACUCUUUUCUCUCAGAAAAACAAAUCAUCUGGAUCAAGAACACAAUGAAAAAGUCUGAAAUAUAAUCAGCCCAGUUUGUUAACAUCUAUUUAUGUGCUAAUAUUAUGCUACGUUCUCUUUAUCUAAGAAAUACAUUUACAUUGUGUUUUUUUAAGUGAUUCUUUUAAAGCUGUAUUCAAAAGCGCUUUAUUUUCUUAAGGUGAAAGCAAAACACCAAAGUGGCAUUAUUCAAUCUGCCAACCAGACAGAUUCAACAUUUAUAGUACUCACGCUUGAAUACUAUAACUUAAUUCAUGUGAUAAUAUUUUAUAAUUAUGUUGAUUCUCAGGCAUGCCCCUUUUAUUCCUCAUCAUUAUAACUACAGACCAAAAACAAAUGACAUUUUAUUCUUACAUCCAUAUUUCUUUCUUUGUUAUGUGUACUUUUGUAUCACUAUUACAAUAGGUUCGCCUUACAGAAGCUCCUGUAGUUUUACAAAUUCAUGACAUCAAAAGAUUUGUGUUUCAUUUCUCUGUUCUCAAGUCGUGAGGGAUCAAUGUAUCUAAAUAAAAGAAAAAACUUUGAUGUUUCAGUAAAAAUGA